AUGAGUAGUGGGAAAGGUGAUGUUGGAAUUCCAGUUAAUGUUGUUGGUUCAAGUUAUGUAAACAUUGGGAUUCAAGGGGGUGCUGUUAACGUUCCUCAAAAAGUACCCAAUAAUAAUAAUAAUGCUGAUACUAAUAACAGACCUACCAUGUCGCCCAUAAUGAUAAACAAUCAAAAUACAUCUAAUAGCAGUCCUAAAAAUAGUAAUAUGGCAAAGAAUAUCCAUACCAAUAAUAAUAAUAAUAAUAAUACGAAUGCCACCACAAAUUCUAUCAAUAAUACAAACAACAUGGAUGUCAAUACGGUAACGAAUAAAAGUCUGUCUCCUGCUGAAAUUCAACAACGACAAAAAUUGUUACUGCAACAGAGAGCGUUACAACAACAACAAGCUAUGCAAAAUUUUGAAAACCAAUUCUUUCAAUUAUUAAUGACUUUAAACAAAAAACCAAAGCGUAUUUAUAAUUUUGUAGAAGAAACAGAUUUAAUUUUGCAGAAAUAUGAACAAUAUAGACCAAGUUUUGAGCUCCAUAUCUACGAGGAUAUAUUCAAAAUAUGUGCCCCAUCAAAUUCAAGAUUUCAACAACAACAACAGGUCGAUAGUAAUCAAAUAAAUAGUCCGAAUGUUAAUAACAAGAAUAAUAAUAAUCAGAGAACCAGUACUGUUCAUAAUGAUGGCCUUAUCCUAGAAAAGGACGAUCAAACUCUAAAAGAAUUUCUUGAAUAUGUGGCCAGGGGACGUAUUCCAGAAGCGAUAAUGGAAGUGCUAAGAGAUAGCAAUAUCCAAUUUUAUGAAAGUAAUUUAAUUUUACAAGUUUAUGAUCAUACAAAUACAGUAGAAGUUACCAUUAGUAGACCUGUGAACAAAGACUCUAUGAAUAAUUUAUUACCCAAUAAUAUACAAGGAGAUGUUUCAAAUACACAAGGACAAAAUCAACAAGCACUAAAUAAACAAAUAAGAAAAUUUAGACGACCUAGGGUAUACAGAACUUUACUGAGACCUAAUGAUCUGACUAAUUACUACGACAUGAUGACAUAUGCUGACCAAGCUAGAUUUUCAGAUAGUAUAUAUCAACAGUUUGAAUCAGAGAUCCUUUCUUUAACUAAAAGAAAUAUCAAAUUAGAUGUGGAUUUAAAUCCUUUCGAACACCGAGAAAAAAUUGAUGAAGAUGAAUUUUGUGAACCAAAAUUCAAUGAAAACACGAAGGCUAUGGAAUUUGUUCAUAAAAAGGAAUCUACAGAGGAUGGAACAAAGGGUAAAGUUGGACACAUACCAGAACAUGAAGAAACGCCCCAAAGUAUAUCUAACUAUGAACAAUUAAUGCUAAUAAUGAGCGAGAGAACCUCUACAAUAACAAAGUCAACACUGGCUACUUCAUUGGCAGAAGUCUCCAAAAAACAAAAUAGUAAUAUUACCAGUAAUAAUAAUAAUGGAUUAGAGACUAGUAGAAAUUCUUCAAUAUCAUUGAAUUCUAUACCGGGAUCAUCCUCUGGUGGAUUUAAAUCUUCUGGAUUAACGACAACUGCAAACAGUGCAAAUCUCACGAAUCUUACAACAGCACUUGUUUUAUCUAAAACAAAGUCUACUGCAACAUCCUCAAGUGAAAAGUCUAAUAAUGAAAAUACUCGCUUCAGCAGAUUGAAAUUUAUUGAACAAUGGAAAAUCAAUGUGGAAAAGAGGAAACAACAAAUGGUAUUAAGCAAUAAUGAUAAUAAUGCUAAUGGACUACCGGAUUAUUUAGUCCUAGGAACUCCAUUUAUGACAAAAAUAUCUAUGACAGUUCCUAUGACACCGCAGGCUCAAUUACUACAACAACAAAAGCAAUUUCAAAAAUUUCAGCAACAACAACAGCAGCAACAACAGCCAAUUCAAACUAAGGAAAAGAAAACCACUGGAAAAGGUAUUAAACAUGGUGCAAGUGGUGCAACUGAAAAACCAAAAGCAAAGAGAACCAAAAAAACAAAAAAGGAUACUGAUGGAGCUCAACAGACACCCAAACGUAAAAGAGUUAGUAAAAAAAAGCAAGUAGCAGCAGACAGUAACAAUAUCACGGCUGCCAGUCCAAAAAGUCAACCGGCAUCCACUAUUGGCACACCUAUAUAA